AUGGCAACCUCAUCACUCUUUUUGAGAUGCCUUACCAUCUCUAGUUUCAUAACUUCCAUUACGGCACUCACAGGAUACCAAUUAGAAGAAAGCUAUAGUGGCAACACUUUUUUCGAUGCGUUUGAUUUCUUCACAGCGCCAGAUCCGACUCAUGGUUUUGUGACGUAUGUGAGUGAGAGCGAUGCGUCGCAGCAAGGAUUGAUAUCUGUGAGAAGUGAUGGGGUUUACAUGGGAGUUGAUUCCAAGAAGAUAUUGGAUCCUAGUGGACCGGGAAGAAAUAGCGUGAGGAUUGAAAGUAAAAAGAGUUGGACCCAUGGGCUUUUCAUUGCGGAUUUGGGUCAUAUGCCUGGUGGCGCCUGUGGUUCAUGGCCAGCGAUGUGGACUGUGGGUAAUAAUUGGCCAUACAAUGGAGAAAUCGACGUCAUUGAGGGUGUGAAUAGCCAGAACCACAAUCUCAUGUCUUUACACUCUGGGCCAACUUGCUCAGUUGCUGGCUCUGGACAAACUGGUACUCUUCAAAGCGCCAACUGCAACAACUUCGCCAACCCCGUCGGUGUCGGUUGUGGAAUCAGCGAUCCACGCACCAACAGCUAUGGCAGAGGAUUCAACCUCAAUGGCGGUGGUAUCUAUGCCAUGGAAUGGACCUCCUCCCACAUCCGUGUCUAUUUCUUCCCAGCCGGAACAGCACCCGCAGAUAUCAACGGAUCAAAUCCCGAUCCAAGUAAAUGGGGAACUCCAGUUUCAAAUUUCGAAGGUGAUUGUGAUAUUGAUACUCAUUUCAAAGAGAAUAGAUUGAUCUUUGAUACGACAUUCUGUGGUGAUUGGGGAAGUGCUGUUUGGUCAAGUGAUGCUACUUGUGGACCAAAGGCAGCGACUUGUGUGGACUAUGUGGCGGGUAAGCCGGAGGCUUUUGGUGAUCAAUACUGGUUAGUUAAAUCAGUUAAGAUAUAUCAACUCGGAAACGUCGCCAGCCCAGCACCUUCCAACACUCCACCUACAGUACCGGCGCCUUCGCCAAGCGCUAAUGUACCACAAGCAUCUCCUAUCGGUCCACAGCAAUCACAAAACGCUCCAACUCCAAUCAAUACACCAGUCGCCGGGCCUCCCUCUCAAUCCAUCGGUAACAAUAACCCCAUCACAGAUGACGAAUCCAUCCUCAACCAUAUAUCAGAUGUCUUCGGAAGCAUCGGCGACUUCGGCGACGAAGGUAAUUGCACUCCCUCUCCACGUCCCGAACCCAGCUAUGAUCCCAGCUACCCCAACUGUGGCAGCGGUGGUAAAUGUCCACUAACCCGCGCCUUCACCUGUAUAGAAAACCCCACCGAUGAUCUCACAAACUUCAUCCCCGCCUCUCCGGCCCUCUCCAGCGUCACCCCCGCGUUCGAACUCCUCGGUAUCGGAUCUGGCGGCAUCCCGGAUUUCGAUCUCGAUAUCAAUGCGGAGAAUUAUCUCAACGCGGCAAAAGAUGAAUUGAAGGGACAGCUUCAGGGACUUGCUAAACAGGCUGUUGCGUGGACGGGAGAUGGAGAUGAAGAUGCGGAUUUGGGGACGGAAAGUCCGUCCCGGGUCAUUGUGGCUAAACCAUUUUAUCCCGAUGAGGCGGGAAAUGGGAAUGAGACGGCGGGAUCGGUGGCUAGUCCCACGCCGGGGUUGAGCUUGGGAGAUAAGGGUAAUGUGGUUGCUUUUGAGGGAGGUGCGGCGGAGGUGGUUGGUGGAGGGUUGGUGCUUUGGGGAGCGAUGGUUGUUAUUGGGGGGAUGGCUAUGAUGUAG